CAGCGGCUGCGACAACAACAACAGCGACAACAACAACAACAACAACUGAUUUGCAAAAAUCAAUUUCUGAUUAAAGUAUUUCUAUCAUUUGUCAACCAUAUAUAAAGCAUGAAAACUCAGUUGUGAAAAGAUGCCUGGCAAGGUCAAGGUAAAGGUUGUUGCAGCACGGGGUCUACCUGUGAUGGACAGAUCAACAGACCUGACAGAUGCUUUUGUGGAGAUUAAGUUUGGAAGUGAAGUACAGAAGACUGAAGUUUACAAGCGGUCACUGAACCCACAAUGGAACUCAGAAUGGUUCAAAUUUGAAGUAGAGGAUGAAGUGCUACAAGAUGAGCCCCUUGAAUUGAGGGUAUUGGACCAUGAUACAUACAGUGCCCAUGAUGCUAUUGGCAAGGUUUAUAUUGACCUUAAUCCAUUGUUGGUAAAGGAAAGUCCCUCUGUUAUAACUGGAUGGUUCCCCAUCUAUGACACCAUGCAUGGUAUACGUGGAGAUUUAAAUGUCCUGGUGAAGAUAGACUUGUUCAGUGAUUUUAAUAAGUUCAGACAGUCGUCCUGUGGAAUACAGUUCUUCUGUACUGCUGAGGUACCUUCUGGUUACCGGCUACAGUAUGUACAUGGCUUUGUUGAGGAACUAGUGGUAAAUGACGAUCCCGAGUACCAGUGGAUUGACAAAAUUAGGACACCAAGAUCCUCAAAUGAGGCCAGACAAAGGCUGUUCUCAAAAAUGUCAGGGCAGCUUGCCAGAAAGAUUGGCCUUAAGGUACUUGAAAUGGGAGGCAGUGCUGUAAUUGGUUACAAGCAGUGCUUUGAUCUGGAAGGCGAGUCAGGUAUUGUGAUCAGAGGUAUUGGUACAGCUGUGACCUUGGCCAAGCUGCGCGAUCCUCAGGUGUCGCCACUUGGGGCAUCACCUUUGAAAGACUCUCCUGUCCCAGAGGAAAACCUAGCGCCCUCCUCCCCACCAGUUUCACAUGCACGUAGUACAACCUCCCCUAUGAAAGUUACAGGGCCUCCAAGUGGACCACCCAACAAUAGGAGGUCCUCAGAUUCAGAUAUGAGCACUCCGCCUAAAGGGAGCAGUCUUGCAGGAAGCAGUGGAAGUGGGAGCGGAAGCGGAACCAAAAAUUUCCCCAAACCAUGCUCGCAGCAAAUUAAUAUUGAACUUAUGGAGUAUCCAUUGUUUACAAUGACAUCUUUUCCUCCUGGUUUUAUCAUACAUAUAGGUGGUGUGGUUGCUGCCAGAUCCAUUAAACUUCUAGAUAAAAUACACAAUCCAGAGGAGCCGGAGGCAAGAGAUGCCUUGUGGAAUGAGAUACGUACUGAGAUUCGUUCGCAUACCCGCGCCAUGGGUUGUCAUGCCGUCAUUGGUUACUGUGAAUUAACUUCUAUCUGUGAUGAAUAAAUAUUGCUGUCAGCCACUGGCACAGCCGCCAAGGUCAACUUGAACCUGGACCAAUAUCUGCAACCCAAGGCCAACUCCCAGCAACUGGUAUCAGCCGGGGACCGGAAUCUUGCAACAGAAAAAGAGAGGGACCAGGGGAAGAAACUUUUUGUAGAUGUAUUUAGCCAAUCAGAUGACGUUAAGAAGCGGUGGCAGGUAAACAUUACAAAAUGUUGUAGAAAACAAGAGCGAUCAAUGAUCAUAUGUGUCGCCUCAUGAUGGCCAAUUUCAUGUUGGGACAAGUUUUGUGACAGACGGAGAAGUGAUUGGAGUAGUGGCGACAUAAAUUCCUGUAAAGUUAGGAUGAAAUUGCCCCAGUAGUUAUAAGGAGUAGUGGGGACAAGUUUUGUGACAGACGGAAAUAUAUUCGAAUCUUUACCAUUAUUUCUUAUAAUGAUUUCGUGCGCUAUAUCUGACUAAAUAUUGAUAUUGUUGUAACAAUCUAGUGAAGCAAUACUUAAUUCAUUAAAUGGUAAUAUUAGGUUUAGCUUCCUGACGAAGUACAUGUAAAUACAAGCAACCAUUCAAGCAGAGCUAAACUUUAUUCUUGAAAGAGGCCCGGGCACCAAAACUAAUAAGAUACGCUAAAGACGAUUUACGUACACGUGUGCCAACAAGGAAUUGACAUAUUUGUGGGCCUGUCUAUAACGCGGACGCCUUAAGCGGACAAUAUAAACAUAUAGGGAAAACGCUGACAAUAUAGACAAAGAGGAAAAAAGCGGACGAUAUAGAUAUAUAGUGUAGACUAAUUGGUGAUGAUUUUGGG